AGUUGGCAAUCCUUUAAUAACAAUGUUCAAAGUGCAAUUACUUCUUUCUUUAUUUUUUAACCAAUUACUCCACAAAAGAUGCCGCUGAAGGGCAUUAAAGUACUGGAAUUCGUGGGCCUGGCCCCUGGACCACUUUGUGGCAAGAUACUUACCGACUUUGGCGCAACAGUAACCCGUAUCGACAAGAUUCUUGAUAAUCCCCUCGAUGUGCUGCAGCAGGGAAAACGCACCAUGAGCCUUGAUUUAAAGAAUCCGAAAGGGCAGGCAUUGGUACGCCGACUGGCCAGCAAGUGUGAUGUGCUCAUAGAACCAUUUCGUCCGGGUGUGAUGGAGAAACUGAACCUCGGACCCGCCCAGUUAUGUGCAGAGAAUCCCCGCCUGAUUUAUGCCCGUCUCACAGGAUUCGGGCAGCACGGAAGACUGGCUCCCAGGGCUGGCCAUGACAUCAACUAUGCCGCCAUGUCGGGAGUGCUUUCCAUGCUGGGCCGCCGAACGGAGAAACCCACUGCACCCAUUAAUCUCCUGGCAGAUUUCGCGGGAGGCAGUGUCAUGUGUGCCUUGGGUAUCUGCCUGGCUCUUCUGGAGCGUCACAACUCCGGCCGCGGACAGGUGGUAGAUUCCUCCAUGGUGGAGGGAGCUGCUUAUGUGGCCAGUUGGAUCUUUAUGUCCCGGGACUUGCCAGUUUGGGGACACGAGCGAGGCAGUAACUUUCUGGAUGGUGGCGCCUACUGCUACGAUACUUACGAAACAAAGGAUGGUCUCUUCAUGUCCGUGGGUGCCUUGGAACCGCAGUUCUUCGAAGUGCUGAAAGGUUGUCUGAACCUACCGGAGGAUCUCUCCCAGUUUGCACCGGAUGACCAGGAGCGAGGCAGAAGACUGUUGACGGAAGCCUUUCUAACCAAAACCCAAGCGGAAUGGUCGCAGAUAUUUGAAGACUUGGAUGCUUGCGUGUAUCCAGUGCUGGAUUACCGGGAGGCCCACAAACACGAUCACAACCAGGCGAGGGAAUCGUUUGAAGUUAUUGGCGAGGGACUAGCUCCACGCCCAGCUCCUCGACUGAGCAGGACUCCUGGCAAGUUGGCCCAGGAGCGUGAUAAUAAACAACUAGAACUGAUUGAUGAAUUGCAACUGAAACCAGAGGAACUAAAGGAGUUGCUCGAUACGGGGGUACUCACUCUUCCCAAGGGAGCUAAGCUUUAGAAGGCAACCCUUUGAAAAAGGAUAGUAUAGUUCUAUGAUUUAAUAUUUGAAGAGAUGUCUUUGAAAAAGAUGUUAAACUUUGUAUGUCUUACCUUAGAUUCUCUUGAGGAGAUCUUAUGGGAGUCCUUAUAUAAGUAGAAAUAAAACAAAUUGU